GCCGCUCCGACCCGAAUGACUCCACGGUUCCACCACCCCGCCCGGACCGCCCUGAGCCGUACCUCAGUGACCUCUCAGCUCCGGAUCACCGCCGACGGCGCCGCACACCGAGGAUCGCUCAGACGUCCAGCGGAGCCCCGGAGCGAGCGGCACAGCUCCUGCAGGCGGGGACCGGGCCUGGGGCCGGGCCCGAAGCCUCAGAGCGACGGGGACACGCGCACGGCCUCGCUCACGUCCAGCGCAGGGCCCGGCCCCGGGGACCCGCUCGAUCCCCACCUGCCUCCCCCGCUGCCCGGCCGGGCCCCCCCCGCCGCAUACCGAAGCCGCGGCCCCAACGGCCGCCGCCCGCGUCCCUCCGGCACCGGCACUGAGGCGGCGGGGCGGGCGGGCGACGGACCGAGAGCACACUUCCGGGUUCGCGAUCUACUUCCGGCGCGUGGCGCCAGCUUCCGGCGCCGGCCCUGUCCCGCGGCGGCCGGAAGCGGAAGUGCCCGGUCGAGGCGGGGCGGCGGUGGCCGCCCCGGGCUGGCGGGGGCGGCUGGCGGGCCGCGGGCGGGACGGAGGGCGGCGGAGCCGGGACCGACCACGAUGCCCCGGCGGAAGCAGAGCCACCCGCAGCCGGUGAAGGCGGAAGCGGAGGACGGCCCCGAGGAGACGGCGGGAGCGGCGCUGGUGCUGCCCGGCGACCUGCUGCUGGGCCGCGGCCUGGCCUGCGAGAAGGGACCGCCAGCAGAGGCACUGGUGGGGAAGAUCGCCAUCCCAGCGUACACGCUGAGCGACGACGACUGCUCCUCCGGGUACCAGCAGCUGAGCGUGGACAGCGACCCCGAGGAGGGCGGCGAGCCCGGCCCCGCAGCGCUGCCCUGCCGCCAGUGUGGGCUGCAGCUGGCUGCCAGCCUGGGCCAGAGCUGCCUGCAGUGCGCCGGCACUGAGGGCGGCCGCAACCAGCGCAUCGUGUACACCUGCCAGCUCUGUCCCUUCGCCUCCCACUACUCCAGCCACCUCAAGCGCCACAUGAAGACACACAACGGGGAGAAGCCGUUUGCGUGCCCGCAGUGUGCCUACGCCUCGGCCCAGCUGGUGAACCUGACCCGCCACCUGCGCACGCACACCGGGGAGAAGCCCUACCGCUGCACGGGCUGCAGCUUCGCCUGCAGCAGCCUGGGCAACCUCAAACGCCACGAACGGGUCCACAGCCAGGACAAGCCCUUCCAGUGUGCUGCUUGCGACUACCGCUGCAACCAGAGCCGCAACCUGAAGCGGCACAUGCUCAGCCACCGCCUGCCUGAAGGCGAGGGGCAGCACCAGCAAGACAAGGACCCGGAGCCGCUGCUGCCGGAGCUGAACCUGCACAUGGGCAGCGGCAGCGGCCCCUUCCUGCCCGGCUGCGCGCGGCUGCGGGGCGAGGAGACGGCCGUGCUGCCCGAGCUGCUCUUCCCCUUUACGUGCCGCAUGUGUGGGCUGGUGCUGGACGAUGGGUUCGCACAGGACGAGGGCCUGGCCGAGCAGGUCUGUGGGCGCUGCAGCCUGGCGGUGCUGGGCACCGAGCCGGGCGCCAGCCCUCGUAAAGGCACCGGGGACAAAGGCUUCGCUUGCAGCCUCUGCCCCUUUGUCACCCACUACCCCAACCACUUGGCACGGCACAUGAAGACGCACAGCGGGGAGAAGCCGUUCGCCUGCCCGCUCUGCCCCUACGCCUCCGCCCACCUCGACAACCUGAAGCGGCACCAGCGCGUGCACACGGGUGAGAAGCCCUACAAGUGCCAGCUGUGUGACUACGCCUGCGGCAACCUGGCCAACCUCAAGCGCCACGGGCGCAUCCACUCGGGCGACAAGCCCUUCCAGUGCAGCCUGUGCAGUUACAGCUGCAACCAGAGCAUGAACCUGAAGCGGCACAUGCUGCGACACACGGGCGAGAAGCCCUUCCAGUGCCGGGACUGCACCUACACCACUGGCCACUGGGACAACUACAAGCGCCACCAGAAAAUCCACGGCCACACGGCUGAGAAUUGGGUCAACCCACGCAACGCCAAAGCCCUCCUGGCUCCUCCUGCCGUGGACACGGCCCUGCCCUGAACAGCACUUAGUCCGGCUGCGGGGGCUCGGCCCCACGCCGGGCCCUGGGGGGGCCACAGGGCACCCCAACCCCUCGCCAGCUGCGGCCCCUGCCCUCCCUGGGGGAGGGAUGGGCAACAAGCUCCCCUGGGCUCAGGGCUGCCUUAAGCAGGGCCCACCGCCCUGGGAGGGGUCUCUCACAGCCCUGCGCUGCCCGUGGUGGGGCUGUAUCCUUGGCACCACGCUGGGUGGCACCGGCCUGUUCCUCCUGCCCGUCAGAGCCUUCCUCCGCCAGCAUAUGGGAAAAGGGAGGAAGGGGAGAACAGGACUGGUUCUGUGGCUGCUGCCGUACCGGUCAGUGUAAUUUAUAUUGUGUAUAAAAGCAUUAAACAGUCAGUUUUGUUA